ACUCACCCAGUGCAUCCUUGUGCUCCUCAUUGUCCUUCUCCCACUGCACACCGAAAACGCUCCACAGGCCAAACUCCAGCCAUGAACGACGAUGAUCUGUAUGCAUACUUCUUGACCCUACAAAAUGAAACUGAAGACACGUCUGACCCGAGCUAUGUGGUCAGCAAAACUGUCCAUCUCUGUGGAAAGACAGCUGUCAACCAGUUUGGUUCCAGAAUCAUCCCAGUUUUCUACUAUGUCAAUUUCCUCCUGAGUUACCUUGGUAACGGGCUUGUCCUCUUCAUAAUUUACAAGUAUGAGAAGCUCAGCACAGUGACAAACAUCUUCCUCCUGAACUUGGUCCUCUCCAACAUUCUCUUUGCCUCCAGUCUCCCCUUUUGGGCAACAUAUCAUCUGUCUGAGUGGAUUUUUGGCAGAGCCUUGUGUAAGAUGGUCAGCAGUGCCUACUUCAUUGGUUUCUACAGCUCCAUCCUUUUCCUCACCCUCAUGACAUUUGAUCGAUACCUUGCAGUGGUGCAUGCAGUGACAGCUGCCAGGAGCAGGAAAAGGGCAUAUGCUAUCAUUGCAUCGGUGACAGUUUGGUGCAUCAGUAUUUUAGCAAGUGUGAAAGAGCUGGUUCUCCAAAAUGUGUGGUACAAUGCAUUAAGUGGAUUGAUGUGUGAGGAGUCAGGAUUCGAUGAGAGCAUCAUGAAGCGCUGGCGUCUGGUCAGUUAUUACCAACAGUUCCUGCUCUUCUUUUUCCUCCCUUUAUUUAUGGUGAUGUACUGCUACAUCAGCAUCACCAUCCGUAUCCUGUCCACCCGCAUGAGGGAGAAGUGCCGUGCUAUCAAGCUCAUAUUUAUCAUUAUCUUCACCUUCUUUGCCUGCUGGACACCCUAUAACAUUGUCAUCCUCCUUCGGGCUAUCCAGGGCUCCCGCACCAGUGAGGGGGAUGACUCGUGUGCUGCCUCGGACAGUUUAGACUAUGCCUUGUAUGUGACCCGAAAUAUAGCCUAUUUGUAUUGUUGCAUUAGUCCUGUGUUUUACACAUUUGUGGGAAAGAAGUUUCAGAGCCACUUCAGAAGGCUGAUGGCUAAGAAGAUCCCCUGUCUGAAGAGACACAUUAGCCUCAGUAGCCAGAGCACCAGGUCAACAUCACAGAGGACACCACAUUCUGCUUAUGAAUACUAGACAGACACACGCACCAAGCAAUCAUAUAUGUGUAAAAGCUUACAUGCUUUGGCAUCUCAUUUGCUUUAACUUCAAGUUCAGAUAGCAUUACAAAGUUACUUUCAGUCCAAUGAUAAGAAGCCUAAAAACCUGAGAUUAUUGACUGAUGUAUUAGUCAGCAUCAUGUUUUGAUGAUGGUGGUGGAGGGAAUAUCUUUUGUAUGAACAGUGUCCAUCCCUCCAGUUCAGAGACUUGAAGAAUCAAAGACAAGGUGACUGGAGCUAUUCUGUUGGCAUGUGGUGGCCUAGCAUCUUUCUGAGACGCUUUGUCUUGGUUUUUAAUUUAAUUUGUCACCUGUCUAUAUGUUUACUUGUGUUUCAUAGUGGAAUGACUUCAAAGUUGCUUACUUAUAAAUCAGCAUUUUAUUAUCUGAUAUAUAAACCAAAUGUUCUUUUAUUGAUAACUAGAUGUGUUUGUCAGUAUCAAAACUGCCUAAAUUAAACAUCUAGUUCUUGCAUUCUAAUUGUUACGCUUGUAUUAUACAUUUUUACUCUUUAUUCUUUUAUCUUUUUACACUUUUAGAAUUAUUUUAAUCAUAAAUUGUAUUUGUGUUAAAAUUCAGAAGGAGCCCUGUAUUUGAAAAAAGGUACUGAUGAAGCUUUGUCUUUUUAUUUGUCACAUGUCAAUCAUAAUGAAAUUAAAGGAAAAUAUCUAUGCUUAACAAAAUAAAGGUUGCUUUGUCCAGAUCUGGGUCCACGGUGCCACGGUGAAGAACAGAUUUUAAAUCAGUAGCAGUAUCCUCAGGUAGUUUGCAAAUCCCAACAGCCUCUCUCUUGAAAAGCAGUACUGUUGCCAAACCAUUCCGCUGUUGAUCAUAUGUAGAUAUACCAUGGACAUUAUAGUAUUAUGUCAAGUAAAGCCUGAAGUACCAACCACAGAAAGCUACCAACUUCAGGGGUCCUGAAAACUGAUUUGUGCUUAUUACACUGAAAAGGCCUUUCAGCCCCUUACUGCCAGGCUAACACUUGUGUUAUUCCAUAUUUUUUUUAUUGUAAAGAAAAAUGUGCAACCAAUCCCAUGAAAAGACAAAAAUGGUCACAAAAUAGUUUCUGUCUUAAUACCCUCCAUGUUUUAUAUGUUCUGUCAUGGUGGUCCAGUCUGGUCCAAUCUGCUUAAUGUAACGUGUUUCUUUGUAGAAAUGUAAUAGUACUUUAAAAUGAAA